UCUCUGUCUUCACUCUUGCCUUGCAGUGUAGAGAGUCUGAUCUUGGUGAUGAAAAGAAUCAGCUACCCCGACCCUUCUGAUAAAAGGCAUCUGCAGAUCUUUGCUCGUGUGUACAGAUCAAUAUUCACAUCUCAGUUUGUGCGGAUUUGUUUCAGGGUUGCCGUUGUCACCGGAGGGAACAAAGGAAUUGGGCUGGAAGUAUGCAGGCAGCUGGCUUCCAAUGGUGCCAUGGUCAUCUUGACGGCGAGGGACGAGAAAAGAAGAGCAAAAGCAGUGGAGAUGCUUCAUGGAUCCGGGGUAUCUGAUGUCGAGUUUCACCUGUUGGAUGUCAGUGAUCCAUCCAGCGCUGCCUGUCUGGCUGAGUUUAUCAAGGAGAAGUUUGGCAGGCUAGAUAUACUGAUUAAUAACGCAGGGGUUAUAGGCGCAAGCGCAAAUGCGGAGGUUGACGCUACAACACCAAUUCAAGAAGUGCUCGUAGGCAAGAGCACAAUGGAGCGACUCCAAUGGCUGCUGCAGCACUCCAUGGAGAGCUAUGAGGAAGCAGAAGAAUGUCUGAAAAUAAACUACUUCGGCACCAAAUAUGUCGCAGAAGCAUUCCUCCCUCUGUUACAGUCCUCCGACGGAAGGCUUAUCAACGUGUCCUCCAACUACGGACUUCUCCGGUAUUUCAGUGGCGAAGAUCUUAAGAACGAAUUGAACGACGUCGACAAACUGACCGUAGAGAGACUGGAUCAGAUGUCAGAAUCGUUCCUCAAGGACUACAAGAAUGACCAGCUGAAAUCUCAUGGAUGGCCUGCCGAUGCGGAGUACCUGGCCUACAAGGUGUCCAAGGCUCUGAUCAAUGGCUAUACCAGGAUACUGGCGAAGAAGCACCCCGAAUUGCGCAUCAACAGCGUGCACCCUGGCUACUGCAAGACUGACAUCAACUUCGACACCGGAGAAUACACCGCGGAGGAAGGUGCCAGUUGCAUUGUUGCGGUGGCCCUGUUGCCGGAGGGAGGCCCAACAGGUGCGUUCUUCUCCCGCACAGAAGGAGCAUCCUUUGUGUAACUCUUAAAGGGUACUCAGUGAUAGAGUGAAUCUAGUAUCAUACUUGAAUUAUGUUUGCUAGUACUAGAACAACUGCUCCUCAUUGGAACAUUCUGUUCUCUUCAGAACCAGGAUUGUAAAGCUUAGCAUCAGAUGAUGUGUGUCAGUGCUCCUGUGACUGGUUUGUACAAG